CAACAGAACCACUGUCGUCACUUCCGUCAAUGUAUUACGUCAAUUACGAAAAGUAGUCAUUUCCGCCUGGCAGACGAAACGUCUACGUUUUGGGACCGACCAACAUGUCUCUCGGCGUUUUAUCUCCAAAUGUGAGCACUCCACCAAACAGCUGCCAAGGUAUACUUAUCGGUGAUAAAGUGUAUUCGGAGGUGUUUCUGGCCAUCGACAGCUCGAUAAUACCCGAGGAGAGACUCGCCACGACCCCGUCCAUGCUGGAUGGCCUCGAACAUGAGACAGAGACGGAUCUUCGUAUCCUGGGCUGUGAGCUCAUCCAGUCCGCCGGGAUUCUUCUGCGUCUGCCACAGGUGGCGAUGGCGACAGGACAAGUCCUUUUUCAACGAUUCUUUUACUCUAAGUCGUUUAUCAAGCACAACUAUGAUAUUGUUGCUAUGGCCUGUAUGAACUUAGCAUCAAAGAUUGAGGAAUCGCCAAGACGUGUGAGAGAUGUGAUCAACGUGUUCCACCAUUUGAAACAAGGAAAGUGCAAAAAGAGCACCCCACUUGUUCUUGAUCAAAAUUAUAUUAAUACCAAGAACCAAGUGAUCAAAGCAGAGCGUCGUGUUCUCAAGGAGCUAGGCUUCUGCGUGCACGUCAAACACCCACACAAGAUUGUAGUAAUGUACUUGCAAGUUCUUGAAUGUGAGAAGAACCAGAUGCUUGUUCAAACAGCAUGGAACUUCAUGAAUGAUGCCCUCAGAACUGAUGCGUUUGUGAAAUCUGAACCGGAGACCAUUGCAUGUGCCUGUAUCUACCUUGCCGCUCGAGUACUACAGAUUCCUCUUCCUUCUAGACCACACUGGUAUCUUCUGUUUGGCGCUACAAAAGAGGACAUUAAAGAUAUCUGUAUCGGCACAAUAAAGCUUUAUUCUAGGAAAAAGCCAAACAGUGAGCAGCUUGAAAAAGAGGUGGAAAAAAUGCGACUGACCCUGGAGGAGGCUAGACUAAAAGCCAAGGGACAAAAUCCCAAUAGCACGCCAGCUCUCAUUGGCAUUGGUAGCUUUUCCCCAGCAUCAAAGCCUUCUUCUCCACGAGAUGUUAAGUUUGAAGAAAAAUCACCAAACUCUAAACUAGUAAAGGAGUCCGAAACUAGACAGUUGUUUUCCAAAAGCCCCUUGAAUGGCAUUAAAAAGGAAGAGAGCAAAGUGUUCCAGAAUGGAAAGAACCAUAGCCGGUCUCGAUCUCGCUCCCUGUCUCGUUCUCCACACAGACUUCGGAGAAGCCACUCGGGUACAUACAGCUCUCACAGCAGCCACAGCCCAUCUCCACGGCAACACAAAGGUCGCAGGGCAUCACCACUUACGCAGCUCAGGCCAGAGCACAGACCGAGUGAGUCAAGUCGGCAUGGUAACAAAAGGAGGAGGUCACGGAGCCGGUCUCGCAGUAAUUCCCCAGAACGAGUCCGUGACCGUGACUAUGUGAAAAAUAAGCCUGAUCGUGGUCACCACUGGGACCAUCGUGAUCGCGAGCGUGACCGGUCACGCGAUCACGGCCGAAGCAAACAUGAGAGCAGUUCACAUUCUGGACACAGACACAGGAGAUGAGGCACACAACACUGCUUCAAGAAAUGAAAAGAACUAUGAUGUCAUUGGACAACAGGACUAAACUUUAGAUUGGGGGAAAAUGCUGGCUUCAAACAAUGAUUUUCCUGAAUUCUGGUUAUCUUGUUAGGAAGUGUAUUUUCUCUUGAUUAUGAAUAGUUCUUGCUUCUGAGUUCAGUUAGGCAAGGUAGUGGUACCUUUUUAUGUAUUUGCCAAUUGCAUUUUACCUGGACUUGAAAGUGAAUAAACUGUUAAACGUCCUCCUAUAUCAGGGAUCACAUUUGCACAGAGUAAGGAGCUUAAGAGAUCUGUGUGUUAAUUUACAAAUAAUACACAUCUAUGUGUUUGUUUGUGCACUGUAUAUAAAUAUAUAUAGCUUAUUUUUAUGUCAGAAAUGGAAGACAUUCUGUUUCUUCUCAAAAUAAAACAGCUGGUUAUAACUUCCAGAAAUU